GUGAAGAAAUGAGAGGGGCAGUGGGCCUACCAUGGUAUUGGUAGGAGACAAGAAAUCAACUCAAAUGGUGUGAAGGUUCCUAAAAAGGCAACUAUUAGAAAUAAGGGUUUUCUGUGUACUUGUUUUGGAAUUCUGAAUUUUGUGCUUUGUGUAUCUUCUUCCUCUCUCUCCCUCUCUCAACUCACUCACUCACUCUACAUAUCCCCCAUUACUAUAAAUUCCAAGUCCCAGAAAGCAAACAGAAAUAAUGUAGUGAAGAAAUCAAAGCUUUCUUGUUCCAAAUAUAUCCUAUCUAGUUACUAUGGAAGUUUUAACUUCAGUUGUUUUAGUUCUCUUAUUUCUGUUGGAUCCCACCUGUGUGUGUGCUGAUCAAGUCAAGAUUGUCCAAAUAUCUUUUCAACAUGUUCAAAAUGCCAAGUCUUCUCUUCUGCCAAGGAAACUUCAACUCAAUCAAGUAGCAACUGUGAAGGGUUCUGCUGAUAAACAUUUUACACCGCCCGAGAAAUUCAUAGAACCCUCAUCAGGCACCAAACAACAUGGAAAACAAGAAAAUGUGAUGCAAGAUGCAAGAAAAGGGACAUGGAGAGAAUGGGUUGAGGAAGGGACCAACAAGUCAGAAUAUUUUAGUAUGGAUUAUGGGUGGGUCAGAAGGAGACGUCCAAUACACAACAAGCACAUCCCAUUUGUCCCAUAAAGUUGUUGAUUUUGCUUGCUAGAAUUAGGGCAGUUGAUGAUCCAACUUGUACUGUGUUUUCAUAAGCACAAAUUUUGGGGGGUUUUUUUGUGAUAAUUAUAAUUAGUUUGUUUGUGUCUAAUUAUAUAUAUAUUAGGGAAGGAAAUGAGGAAUGUGUCUGCCUUUGUAGCUCUGAUUUGUUUGUGGCCGACACUUAUCCACCAAAAGACGCUAUAUAUAUAUAUAAAUGUUUUGUAACAAAUUCUGGUGUAAUAAUCUAGGAAUAUUUUUGAACUUUGU